UCGCCAUCGCCAAACACAUUUUCAGUCGCUUCUGCUUUCUUCUGAGCCGAGCAUAGCCUUUUUCAUGCGGCGCAGAACUUCGUCUCAGCUGUGAUCUGUGAUCUGAGACGGUGUUUUGACGGUCACAGCGAUGAAGCAGGGUCGUGCUUAGGGAGGCUAUGAGCGGGCACGGCACUAUCCAUGAGUGCCAAGAAACUACUAUCCACGACGACCCAUUACCGAUCAAUACCAAAAGUAGUGCUGAACUCACUCAGGCGGGUCCGAAACUGCAUAACCCAACCGAACCCACCAUUCUUGCCGAAGGACUCAUCGUUUUUGUCCACGGAUUUGGUCAAAACGUACUUCGAGAGUGGACUGGUGAAGGAAGCUCGCGUCCUGUUCGACGAAAUGCCUCAUAGAGAUGUGGUUGCUUGGACGACCAUGAUUGCUGGCUACUCUUCUAACAACUGCUACGACGAAUCGUGGGCUGUGUUCUGUGAGAUGGUUCGGAACGAGAAGGAGCCAAAUGAGUUUACUUUAUCCAGUGUCUUGAAGGCUUGCAAAGGCAUGAGAAGUCUUUCGCGUGGAGCGUCGGUCCACGGCUGGGCUAUCAAGCUUGGCUUGGAUGCGUCUAUGUAUGUUGAAAAUGCACUUCUGGACUUGUAUGCUACGUGCUGCUCUAGCAUGGACGAUGCCUGCAUGGUUUUUCGCCAUAUUCAUGUGAAGAAUGAGGUCUCUUGGACUUCAUUGAUCACCGGGUUUACCCACCGAGGAGAUGGCUAUAGCGGGCUUAGCGUGUUUCACCAAAUGUUAUUGGAAGGAGCUGAACUGAACCCAUUUAGCUUCUCAAUUGCAGUUAGAGCUUGCGCCUCAAUUGGGUCUCGAGUUUUUGGCCUGCAACUCCAUGCAUCAGUUGUCAAGCACGGGUUUCACUCCAAUCUACCUGUCAUGAAUUCUAUUUUAGACAUGUACUGCAGGUGUUUUUGCUUAUCUGAGGCGAGUCAAUGUUUCCACGAAAUGCACGAGAAAGAUGUAAUCACGUGGAACACCUUGAUAGCUGGAUAUGAAAGACCAGAUUCUAGUGAGGCCCUUCUUAUAUACUCUAAAAUGGAGUCCCGAGGGUUUCAACCGAACUGCUUCACAUUUACAAGCGUUACAGCGGCAUGCGGUAAUUUGGCACUUACAAAAUGUGGACAACAAAUUCAUGGGGUAAUUAUUCGAAGAGGACUUGAGGGGAGCAUGGGGCUUGCUAAUGCACUCAUUGACAUGUAUGCCAAGUGUGGAAGCAUAAUUGAUUCACAUAGAAUAUUCAUUUCUAUGUCUCACAGGAACUUGCUCUCUUGGACAUCUAUGAUGAUUGGAUUUGGUGCUCAUGGACAAGGAAGAGAGGCCAUUAAGUUGUUUAAAGACAUGGUCAGGUCAGGCGUAAGACCUGAUCAAAUUGUAUUUAUGGCCGUCCUGAGUGCUUGCAGCCAUUCUGGUCUUGUGGAUGAAGGGUUGAGGUACUUCAAACUAAUGGGUGAAUAUAAUGUUACCCCAAGCCACGAGGUUUACGGGUGUGUGGUGGAUUUGCUUGGCCGCGCAGGGAGAGUGGAGGAGGCUUAUCAAUUGAUAGAGAGUAUGCCAUUUAGACCUGAUGAGUCUGUCUGGGGUGCUCUUCUUGGAGCUUGUAGAGCACACCGACUUAAGAAACUGGGAAAAUUAGUGGCACAGAGGGUACUGGACUCAAGACCAAGGUUGGCCGGAACCUACGUGACCCUAUCAAACAUUUAUGCGGCUGAAGGUAAAUGGGUGGAGUUUGCACGAGUUAGGAAGUUAAUGAGGGGAAUGGAUAGCAAGAAAGAGACUGGGAGGAGUUGGAUUGAGGUUGGAAACCAGAUUUCUACCCUCGUUGCUGGAGAUAAAAUGGUUCCUAGGGUGCAUGAAAUUCUUGGAUUUCUAAUUUGGGACAUGAAAAAAGCGGGAUAUGUGCCUGACCUAGAUAAUACAGGCAGGCCUAGCAAAAGAAAGAAAAAAAGAAGAUAGCAUGGACAGAAAAAAAACGAUAAACAGCCUGAGAAUCACGGAGACUUGAGACUGGCCUCAUGUGUCUGCAUGAUUUGCAAAUUUGUGUGGAGCGGUCGAUGCAAUUAUUGAUAAUGCAGUUUUUGAAAUUCCCAAACAGCUCAAGAUGGUAAAAACUUUUGCCAUUAUACUGUUGAGGUGAUUUUUGUUGGGAAACAGAUAUCCUUCUUCAGUUCACAGUCAGAAGCAGAAAAACGCGAAGAAACAUCUUACGCAAAUUGAUAAAUGGUUGAUCGAAGCUUUAAUUUGUUCGAUCACUCCUGUUACCCAUUUUUUAUCUCCUUGGGCUGAAUUUUUUGUGAAUUCAACCUGUGAUCUGUUGUUGAAUUAAUUCAUAGAAGCUGUACAGUUCAGGCCCCAUUUUUCCCAGAAUAGUGAGAUGACGAAGCGCGGUCAUUGGGUCUUGCGUAUUCUGGCACUUACGACUUCGCAACACAUCAAAUGAGAGGAGUCUCUAUUGUAUGUUUGUUUGUUCACAUGAAAUUGGCUUGUUCAUACCUUUUAUAUGUAUGUUCAUCUGGAUGAAGCUAACAGAUAAGAGAAACAAAAAUUGAUUCCACUGACACUACUACUCAGCUAGUGUAAUUCUUCUCAAUAAAAUCUUCAAUUGUGUUGA